GUGGUCCUGAAGUGUUCAGAGGGGAAGGCCUCAGUCUAUCUAUUUAUUUUCUCCUUUCUCUGACCCUCCCGUGUAUUUAACGUCGCCGUGGUUGUGUCCUGGAAGUGUCUGCGGACAGAUGAGGGUCUUUUAAGCCGUUUGGUGUCGACUGAAACCCCGCGGCGCCCCCCUGUUCUCGGCUGUCGGUCGUAAAGUCCGAACGUCCAGCUGAUUGCUUUGAGUGCCGUUCAAUUAUUCCAGUUCAAACUGAGCCGUUUUGUUUCUCUUAACGGAAGGCUUUGUGGGCCCCUCUCCUUCCCCCGUUUUCUUUGAACGGCUUGUGGACUUUAAACAAAGAGGACAUUUAUCUUUUUUUAUUUUUUAUUUUGUGUCUAACUCGAGUUGUUGGAUCGUUUUUUCCCCUGAACGACCAGGCCCCGGUCUCAUCCCCAGCCUCGCGUUUUUUUUUUUUGUUGGAAGUCAUGGGAGACACCAGUGAACGAAGCAAACCUCCGAGUCUACCUCCCCGGUGUCCCUGCGGAUUUUGGGGGUCCAGUAAAACCAUGAACCUCUGCUCCAAAUGUUUUGCUGACAUCCAGAAGAAGCAGCCGGGGGAGGACUGCACCUCCAGGCCCAUCCAGAGCAGCGGGAGUAGCCAAUCGGCCGUCUUCAGUAGCGAGACGAGCAGUAGCAGUAGCCAAUCCCUUUUGUCGUCGCCGGCCUCCAGCUCCGAGCAGCCGUCAGCCGAAGAGCCCUCGCCCACGUUUCCCAGCAGGAGGGAAGGCGUGUCGUCCACAGAAACAGCCCAAGGCACACUCUGCACACCCACAAAACGUCCACGAGAAUCAGCCUCGAGCUCAGAGAGCGAGGCGACACCAGAGAAACGGCCCCGGCCGGACGAGAAGGAGGGGAGCGGCGAGGAGGCCGGCGGGACGCCCAAGCAGAAGAACCGCCGGCGCUGCUACCGCUGCCAAACCAAACUAGAGCUGGUGCAGCAGGAACUGGGCUCCUGCCGCUGCGGCUACGUGUUCUGCAUGCUCCAUCGUCUCCCCGAGCAGCACGACUGUCUGUUCGACCAUCUGGGCCGCGGGCGCGAGGAGGCCGUCCUCAAGAUGGUGAAGCUGGACCGCAAGGUGGGCCGCUCGUGCCAACGCAUCGGGGAGGAAUGCUCCUGAUUGGCCACACCGGGACCGGCCAUCCAAUUAGAGCUGAGGCGCUUACAGAGAGGAGGAGGAGGAGGAAGGAGAGCGAGGAGGAGUGAC